GUAAACGUCAAACUUAAAAGUCAAAAUAUGUUUUUGUUAGCUACGUGGAGGUAGUUUCAAUUAUUGUGGUUUUCCGCAAAAGCCCCAGUUGUAUUCGUUAAAUUUAAAAUUGGUUCAGGUUGUAAAAAGUUCUGCUCGCCAAAAUGGGGCUUUGUAAAUGCCCCAAACGACAAGUCACUAACCAGUUUUGCUUCGAACAUCGGGUGUGUGUUUGUGAAUCUUGUAUGGUUACAAAUCAUCCCAUCUGUGUGGUUCAGUCCUACUUACAAUGGUUACAGGACAGCGAUUAUAAUUCAAUUUGUGAACUCUGUUCCAAAGACCUACAUGUUGAAGAUAGUAUUCGAUUAACUUGUUAUCAUGUCUUUCAUUGGUCCUGUCUGGAUCAUCAUUCAAGGCAGUUGCCUCCAACAACAGCACCCAGAGGGUACGUUUGUCCUUCCUGCAAAAGUCCCUUAUUUCCAGCUCCAAAUUUGAUCAGCCCUGUAGCUGAUGUGUUAAAGGAGAAACUCGCCGGGGUCAACUGGGCUAGAGCAGGUCUAGGGCUUCCUCUCUUAUCUGAAGAACGAGAAGUAAAGUCAGUAAUUAAUCAUGUGAAUUCAUCACUACCUGUACCCGUCAGAUCUACACCGAGUCCAUCACAUUCAGUAGUUACGUUAGAUGAUCACGGUGCUUUUAAUAGAAUAGAUAAUUACCAUGGAACAUCAUCCAACCGAAAACAUUUUCAGGAUAUCAGAACACUAAAAUCUUUACCGUUUGACCACGAUGAGAAUAAAUAUAAGAGAAGGCCGCUGUCUGAGUUCGUAUCGACUUGGUGGAGAGUUACAUUUGGUGCUUCAGUAGCUUCUAGAGGGCACAGAUCCAAGUCCCGUAGAUACUGUAUGUUGGGAACUUUGGUAUUUUUAGCAGUUUUAGUAUUUUUUUUACUGAUGUCUCGUCUUGGCAGAUAUUCUACCGAAAAUGAUCCUAAUUUUGAGGAAAUUAAUAAUCCAUUUGUGAACGUUGAAAAGUAGAUUAAUUUACGCAGCACAUACUUUAACAUAUGUAAAUAAUUUUUAUUUAAGUAUAUUUACUAUUAAGUGAAUGAAAACUAAUUAUAGAGAACCAAUGGCAACAAUCAUCCAUUUUAAUACCUGUGAGGAAAAAUGUGUGUAGUUAUUUAUUAUUAUAAUUCAUUAUGUUAAUGCAAUUCACACGUGUGAGGUGCAGGACAAUUUUUUGCGCUAUAUAAAUUUGAAAUCAUUUUUAAUAAAAAAUAUGCAAUAA